GGCAAAACAGAUUCUGUCAUCAUCUGACUCGGAGGCAGUGGUACCCCAUCCUCGGGAGUCUCAGAAUCUGGAUGACUGGUCACCUGCCGGUCAGUUUUCCCUGGUGUACUGGCCACACCAAUGUGAAGUCAUCAGAGACAGAAUUGAGCACAUUGAUUGGAUACCCACUACCCCUGAGCCAUUGUACACUCCGACAGGUUUGGAGAUGGCGCCGCCAUACCAAACUCCUGACAAAGGCACUGUGAUUUAUCUCGGAGAAGAAGCUAACAAAAACUCCUGCUUUAUGUAUUCCCGAGUGAGAGGUCUCUGCCCGCUGAAGCAGAUCCUCCAUCAGAAAGGAGACAACACACUGAUCUUCGAAGCACGGUUUGAGAGUGGGAAUUUGCAGAAGGUGGUCAAAGUCAAUGAAUUUGAGUACCAGCUGACCCUGCGCACCGACCUCUACACAAGCAGACAUGCGCAAUGGUACUACUUCCAAGUAAGCAAUACGCAGGCAGGGAUGCCGUAUCGCUUCACUAUUGUCAACUUUACCAAGCGUAACAGCUUAUAUAAAUGUGGCUUUCGCUACUCGGAAGCCGAUGCUAAGAAACACAAGGUUGGCUGGCGAAGGACUGGAAAUGAAAUCAAGUAUUACAAAAACAAUGCGGGACAAGGUGGACUUCAGUAUUUCUCACUCACUUGGACAUUCCAGUUCCCUCAUGACCAAGACACCUGCUACUUUGCCCACUGCUAUCCUUACACCUACUCCAACCUGCAGGAGUACCUGGUGGCCAUCUCUAAAGAUCCAGUGAAGUCCAAAUUCUGCAAGAUUCACAUCUUGUGCCAUUCACUGGCAGGAAACAUCGUGUAUGUUUUAACUAUCACCAACCCCCCCAAAAGUGGCAAGGGCACCGAGAAGAAGGCUGUGAUACUAACCGCGAGGGUGCAUCCGGGUGAAACUAACAGUUCCUGGAUAAUGAAGGGCUUUCUGGAUUACAUUCUUGGCGAUUCAGGAAAAGCUCAACUGCUGCGGGACAAUUUUGUCUUCAAAGUGAUACCCAUGUUGAAUCCUGAUGGUGUGAUUGUGGGAAAUCACCGCUGUUCUUUAACAGGUCAGGACUUGAACCGCAAGUACAGAUCUAACAUGAAGAAAUAUUAUCCUUCCAUCUGGUAUACCCAAAACAUGAUCAAAAGAGUGAUGGGGGAACGUGAUGUUUUUCUGUAUUGCGACAUCCACGGUCACAACAGGAAACAAAAUGUCUUCAUGUAUGGCUGUGAGAGAAAGCAGCAAGCAAAAGCACCAUAUGUGCAUCCACGUGUCUUCCCCCUCUUGCUGAGCAAGAGCUGCCCAGAUAAGUUCUCAUUCCCAGACUGCCAUUUCAGAGUACGAAAGAGCAAAGAAGGCACAGGUCGAGUGGUAGUGUGGAAGAUGGGCAUCAACAACAGCUACACUUUGGAAGCCUCUCUCUGUGGCUCUAAGUUGGGCUGCAGACGAAACACCCAUUUCCAUGUGAAAGACUUGGAGUCAAUAGGACAGCAUUUCUGUGAUGCUCUUUUGAACUACUGUGUUCAUAACAAGUCUUAUUAUUAUCUGUGCCUGAAGGAACACGAGAAAGUAGUGAAACAGCAAGCUAGGGUGAACUCCAAGAUCCUGAAUUCUGAGGUGUUAGAGUGGGAUUCCAGGUGCCCAGACUAUAGAAAUCAAGAGCUGAGCUUCACAACUGGUGCUGAACUGCAAGGAAAUAAAAACAGGCACAAGAUCUUACUGUAUCAUCGGAGAACUAGGAGGAGGCUUGCUGGGAACAAAGAGGAUGAUGUUCCGUGA